AUGUUUUUUAAAGAAAUAACAUUUUUUUAUAGCUAUUUUUAUAAUGGACAGCUUAAUAUUUUAAUUUAUUUUUUUAAGUUUCAUUCAAUUGUUCAAAUUGUAAAAUGUGCGCCAUUACUGAAUUUAUUUAUUUAUUUAAAAAAUACAAUUAUCAAAUUUAUAACGAUACAUACAUAA